AUUACCAAAGGGGGACACCCAUAGACCACCCGUUUUUAAAAUGUUUUAGAUUCGCCACUGGUCCCACUUUGGGUCCAGUAUUGCUUGGCCAUUCACUGCGCAUGCGCAGAGAACCGGUGUCCGAUGUCCAACAGCAGCUGUUAGGACCAUGAACGGUUGGGACCGAGGAAGCAAAGAAAUCACACUUCAGAAUAACCAAAGUGGACCCGGAAAAAGAGUCGGUACUGACCGGAACGUAGCCGGUACUGACCGGAGCGGACUGCAUUGAGAGCCGCUGAUCUGCAGCUGGAGCUAACGGAGAUAACAGGCUAACUGACGGCAGACCGUCAGCUGUUAUCUGACGGGGCUGACGGGUUAACGGACAGGCCACUGGCUCAUGGUCACCACGCUACACUGCACUAACCCGUUCUGGCCCGGGAUAGUUUCUGGGCGGUCUGAACCACAUCUAGUCGGACUUUUUUCCGGGUUUGCACCGCCGGGUCUCUGGUGAAGUUCAGCCGCCUAACGGACGCUAUUAAGCUAACUAACAUUAGCUUAUCGGAGUAACCGUUACCGUUAACCCGGUUCGGUCUGAGGACCAGGGGCUCAGGAUGCUGAUAGCAGUUGCUGCAGGGACCGGAAAUGCUGCCAACACCGGCAAGAAACCCAGACGGAGAGGCAAAAAACACCGUAGAGUCCGAACAGACGAGAACCGGCUCGAUGAUCCCUGUGACCUUCAGAGUCUGAACGCCAACAGCAGCGUCGCCCCAACACCGAGUUUCCCCCAAACCAUCCGGCUGCCCCCCCAAAAUACUCCGGAGACAACCACAUCCCCACGAAAUACACCAACAUAUAUUGAAGAUUUUCAAGGAUCCACUACAGCGCCCCGACAACACCACCCACACGCCACCACGUUACCCACCGAAUCGAGCCUGCUGCCCACCAAGAGAGUCCCCCAAACCCUCUCUCCGCCUCCCCAGAACCCCGUCGAGACCACCCCCCCCCUUCUAGAUACACUAGAUACCCCUUUAGCACACCUGGUAUCUCAUGAAAGUACCCUCCAAACUGCCCCACUGGCCCCUCUAAACGCCUCCCUCAUUUUCAGCCAAUCCCCUCCUGCCACAUCUAAAAGUCCCGCCCCCAGUCCCAGCCAAUCACUGCCAACCGUUAACCAAAAUAUUACCCAGAAUUCCUCCAGAUCACCUCAUAGAACUCCUCGAAAUGACACUCGGAGUCUGCCCGUCGUCCAAUCGGAUGCCACCGAAUCACCUCCGACAACUCUUCCAAGCGAUAUUACCCACGAUGCCUCUGAUUCGCCGUCAGUUUCUGCCAAAGCUCCUCCCACCCCUCAGUUAAGCCCCUCCAACUCCCACCCUGACCCCUUCCUGCUGACCUCGGUCACCUUUAACUCCAGCGUCUCUUCCCACCUCUCCUCCCCCGGCGUCUACUCGUCUCUGGGCCCCCACGUAGGCGCGCCUCCCGUGAUGUCAUCAGCCAUCCCGCAAGGGGCCACGCCCCCUUUGACUCUGAGCCCGCCCCCUCCAGAGUUAACCCCGCCCGCUGUACAGCUGCUGGGCUCUGACGAUGAAGAGCAGGAAGACCCGUCGGAUUAUUGCAAAGGCGGUUACUAUCCGGUGAAGAUCGGUGAUCUGUUUAACGGGAGGUACCACGUGGUCCGGAAACUGGGCUGGGGCCAUUUUUCUACAGUCUGGCUCUGCUGGGACUUGCAGAGGAAACGUUUUGUGGCGUUGAAGGUGGUAAAGAGCGCUCCACAUUACACCGAGACGGCUCUGGACGAGAUCAAACUGCUCAGAUGUGUGAGAGACAGUGAUCCUUCCGACCCCUACAGAGAAACCAUCGUCCAGCUGAUUGACGACUUCAAGAUCUCUGGAGUGAACGGAGUCCAUGUGUGUAUGGUUCUGGAGGUUUUGGGUCAUCAGCUGUUAAAAUGGAUCAUUAAGUCAAACUACAUGGGACUUCCUCUGGUCUGUGUCAAGGCCAUCAUCAGACAGGUGCUGCAGGGUCUGGACUACCUCCACACCAAGUGUAAGAUCAUCCACACCGACAUCAAACCAGAGAACAUCCUAUUGGACGUUGAUGAGGUUUACAUCAGGAAGCUGGCAGCUGAGGCAACCAUCUGGCAGAGAGCUGGAGCCCCGCCCCCUUCUGGGUCAUCAGUUAGCAUGGCUCCCAGGGAUCCACAGGUUGGUAAGCUGUCUAAGAACAAGAAGAAGAAGUUGAAAAGGAAAGCCAAGCGUCAACAGAAACUGUUGGAGGAGAGACUGGUGGAUAUACAGAGGCUGGAGGAUGAGGAUGGUGUAUUGUUACAACCCGAGGACACAGACAGUAACUGCUCUCUGCUAGUGAACGGAAACCCUCCCUGCUCCGCAGCCAACAGCAAAGCGAGUCCCGAGUCGUCGGGCUCCUGGCUAGAGGAUCGGUGUAACGGCCACGACCCCGGCCGGUUCUCCAGCCCCGCAUCGGGCCUGUCGGGCUUCUCCAGCUCGGUGAUGUCAGCCACGUCUGAGUCGGCACUUUCUACUCAGUCAGGAUACUCGAGCGGACGAGACCUUUUCAGUGCGUCCGACUUCGUCCUCAGUCCUCUGGAUCCUCAGAACGCCCACAAACUGCGAGUGAAGAUCGCUGACCUGGGAAAUGCAUGCUGGGUGCACAAACAUUUCACAGAGGACAUUCAGACCCGACAGUACAGAGCUCUGGAGGUUCUGAUUGGAGCAGAGUACGGACCGCCCGCUGACAUCUGGAGCACCGCCUGCAUGGCGUUUGAGUUGGCGACGGGAGAUUACCUGUUUGAACCUCAUUCAGGAGAAGAUUACACCAGAGACGAAGAUCACAUCGCUCACGUCAUCGAGCUGCUCGGACCGAUUCCUCUGCCGUUCGCUUUGUCUGGCCGGUACUCCAGAGAGUACUUCAACAGGAGAGGUGAGCUGCGCCACAUCUCCAGCCUGAAGCCCUGGGCUCUGUUCGAGGUCCUGCUGGAGAAGUACGAGUGGCCGCUGGACCAGGCGGCGCAGUUCAGCGACUUCCUGUCCACCAUGUUGGAGCUGCAGCCGGAGUGCAGAGCAACGGCAGCGCAGUGUCUGCAGCACGCAUGGCUGCACACAUAAACACACACAGAGACAAACACACACAGCUUAUCACACACACACACACACACACACACACA